AUGGUGUCCUGCCCGAUUUGUUCGAAACCAGUCUCCUCGCUUCGUAUCAACGAUCACAUCGACUCGGACUGCCAGCAGUUUAUCGAAGAGCCGACAUCGAGCGCCGGCGAUCCCCCUCCAUCGCAGAAAGCUCCAGUUCCAGCCUUCUUCCAGCCAUCUUCCGCGCGUAAAGCCUCUACAUCGCGCGAUGUUCAUUCCGAUGCCUCUCCCCUCCGCAACCUAAACGGCAAGAGAACGGUGACGUUAAAUGGCGGCCCAUCAGAUGAUACCACACGAUCACAACGAGAUGAAGCCUCGGAACCAGCUCCUAAGAAACCUAAGGUUAAUGCCUUCCAAAGAGCCGCACCACUAGCCGAGCGUAUGCGCCCUCGUACACUGGACGAAGUAUGUGGUCAGGAACUUGUUGGCCCAACGGGUGUGCUGCGAGGUCUUAUCGAGGAAGAUCGAGUGCCCAGCAUGAUUCUGUGGGGAGGGCCAGGAACUGGGAAGACAACAAUAGCGAGAGUUAUCGCAUCUAUGGUUGGAAGCAGAUUCGUGGAGAUCAACAGUACAAGCAGCGGGGUCGCAGAGUGCAAGAAGAUAUUCGCCGAUGCGAAGAGCGAGCUUGGUCUGACGGGGCGGAAAACUAUCAUAUUCUGCGACGAAAUACAUAGAUUCUCAAAGUCUCAACAGGAUGUUUUCUUGGGUCCAGUCGAGAGUGGUCAGGUUACGCUUAUCGGCGCGACCACUGAGAACCCCUCGUUUAAAGUGCAGAACGCGCUGCUCUCCAGAUGCAGGACUUUUACCCUAUCGAAGCUUACCGACGAGGAUAUUAGGGCAAUCUUGGACCGCGCCCUUAAAACCGAAGGGCCAAACUACUCACCGUCUGCCCUGGUCGACGAUGAGCUGCUUGAUUAUCUAGCCAAAUUUGCCGACGGAGAUGCGCGAACGUCACUCAACCUUUUAGAGCUCGGAAUGAAUCUUUCAAAACGGCCUGGAAUCAACAAAAACGAAAUUAAACGCGCUCUAACAAAGACGCUUGUGUACGACCGCGCGGGCGACCAGCAUUAUGAUACCAUUUCUGCUUUUCACAAGUCUAUCCGCGGCAGCGACCCGGAUGCCUCGCUGUACUAUCUUGCCCGCAUGAUACAAUCAGGAGAAGAUCCUCUAUAUAUUGCGCGGCGUCUAAUAGUCGUCGCCUCCGAGGAUAUAGGGUUGGCUGACAACAGCAUGUUGACACUGGCUAUCUCAACCCAUGCCGCGGUGGAGAAGAUUGGUCUUCCCGAAGCGCGGAUCAAUCUCGCACAUGCCACGGUGGCUAUGGCGCUGUCGCCUAAGAGUACUCGUGCGUAUCGAGGCCUCAACAAUGCUUUUGCUGCUCUCUCGGAGCCGGGGAUCGCAGGCUUGCCGAUCCCAAUCCACCUGCGCAAUGCCCCUACGCGACUGAUGAAGGAGUUAGGAUACGGAAAAGAGUAUAAGUACAAUCCGAAUUAUAGAAAUGGCGAGGUGGUGCAGGACUACCUCCCGGAGAAGUUGCAAAAUAGGAAAUUCUUGGAGGACUUGGACCUUGGGACGCAGGUUGAUCCCGAUCUCAAGUUUAGGUGA